AUGACAGCUAUGGCGAUGGAAAAGCCCGAAAAUAUAGUGGCUGCGGGCCAAGGCCCAGCGCCCAUGAAAUUUUCCCGCUACCGCUCGGUGAGGAAGGCUGCGUCGCAAAAGCCACACCCAAUGCACCCGCCACCGGUGUCGACUCUUCCAAGUCUCCCAAGCGCAUCGCGGCCCGGGCUGCAGGAUGGCGCAGCUGCGGUGGAUGGGACGAACCCUGCGAUCAAGAGGAGCAUGUCGCGCUACCGGCGUCAGAGGGCGGCGACAGAAUCAUCCCCUAAUGCGCCUCCACUACCGGUCCCGGGGGACCGUGUCCUGGCCCACCGAGCUAAGCCACACGUGGACGUGAAUGGUGCUGCGGUCCAGAAAACCUCACGCGGCAGUCCGGAUGAUGCCAAACCGGUGGAUGCGUCGUAUAACGCGGUGUCGGCAAGAGCUGAGAACCGACGGAGGGCGUUCAACGUGGAAGAAACAACGGUGAAUCCCUUCCUGACCGACAGCGAGGAAGACGAGGACGUGCGCCAAAAACAUCGCCAGGAUGCGAUGAAUCGCUUGACAGGAGAGGAUAGAAAGCCUUCAGUACCAGCCCCACAUCGGAGACACACGACGCGGGAGAGAGACGUCAAACGGCCAGCGGAGCGGCCUCCGCGCAGGGAUGUAGAAGGUCCCACAAGCCGGCGUGCCAGCCACGACUCGAAACGUCUUUCGAAUAAGGAAAUGCCUAUGCCUGCGCGCUCUAUAGAUACAGCGAACAAGGAGGUCACAGCGAUCGACACGAGUGUGGGAAAUCGCUUCCCCGGGAUUGAUGCGCCUGUCUCCGCAGUCAAUGCCGGCGAGCGCAGGGUUGUUGUCCAGUAUAGGAAGACGUCCCUGAAUCUUCGCGUGACCCCGUCCACAACAGCUCAAGACCUAUUGUUCCUAGCCGCAGAUUGUCUGGCGGGCCAGAUUGACCCACCAAAGUUUAUCAUGAUGGAAUCGUUUGGGGAACUCGGACUGGAGCGGCCCUUGCGCACAUACGAGUGCGUCCGGGAAGUCAUGAACUCAUGGGCUCAUGAUCAAGAGAACUCGUUGAUCAUUGUACCCGCGGCCAGCCUCGACGCCCUCUCUUUAUUGGACUCGCGACACGCUCCGAGUGAACAGCCCACAGAUGUGACGCUGCACAUGUAUUACUCCCAGCGCCCGCGCAAAUGGGACAAGCGUUACAUUACAUUGCGGGCGGACGGACAAGUCACUCUGUCCAAGAAGGAGCAUGGCCAAGACUCAGUGAACGUGUGCCAUCUCUCUGACUUUGAUAUUUACUCGCCCACGUCCCGCUAUCUCUCGAACAAUGUGAAACCGCCAAAGAAGAUCUGCCAGGCAAUCAAAAGCCAGCAGAAAUCCAGCAUGUUCCUGACGACGGAGAAUUUUGUCCAUUUCUUUUCCACCAAUGAUAAAGCAGUCUCCGAUACCUGGUACCGAGCGGUGCAAUCCUGGCGCAGUUGGUAUUUGGUGACGAAGCUCGGCGCAGGCAGCCCAGCAGACCAGGCAGAUGUCCCCGCCGAUGCAGGUGAUGCCUUACCUAGCCAUAAGAAGCCCUUCAAGCCUUUGCUGAACUUAGAUUCUCCUCUCAACUCCGGUGCGGAGAAUAGCGACUCGGCGACCGAUCGUCCAAAGGCGUCCAAGACUAAAGAACUGUUUUCCAGGAAGAAGAGCACGCGAGAGCACGUCCCGCCACCCUCGUCGUUUCCAAAAAUGCUCUCAGAUGAAAGUGACUUGUCUGCUGCACAGUCGUCGGAUGAGUCCCCCUUUGCCUCCGGUGGUCUUCUGGGUCGAACCUAUACACAACGCCAACGUGCGAUGAAGGAGAGGGAAGAAAAGGAGAAGAAGGCGACUGAAGAACCAUUUACUAAUGGCCUUGUCGGUGCUGUGGAUACGCGUCGUCAGUUUGCUGGCCCCGGCAGUCGCGCUAAUAGCCGACCAAAUAGCCGCUCUAACACAAUGACGUCGACGCACGCGCCAGACCCCAGUGGCAUGGUGAAACGGUCGCAAUCCGUAAAGAAUAAGCCGCUUGUCGACCUGACUCCUGUCUAUCAAGAGCCUCCGCAGCACACUCGUAAAGGACGGGGGUUCACGGUUGAAGCUGGAAAGCCCCUGGUGGACGCUGCGACGGGACCGGAGGUCCCUGGCGGGAUUGUAAUUCCAUCUGCGACGACCUGGCGACGACCGGAGGUGCCGUCGCCCACCGCAGACGCUCGGACCCGAAAGCGCUCCAAUACCAAUCGCAGCGCCAGUAGCCAGCAGCGCCAUCAGUACUCACGUACCGCGCCUACGUCUCCGACAACCCCUGUGGAUCCUUUGCCGUCUCGCGAGGAACCAUUCAUUCCAAACAGUCUUUUGGCUCGUUCUGCACCGGGUGCGGCUGUGCCUGGACAGCCGAAAGGCCAUGGAGUAGCCACUGGAGACCGGAACGCUUCGAAGCCGAUGCUGGAUAUGUCCCCAGAGAACCCUUUUGCGGAAGGCAGCCUGCUCCGUGAUCUGUAG